GGCCAGAUGCUGCGAAGGCGCAAAGACCGGAGCAGAGCACCCAGCGCUGCGAGCUGUUCCGUUGGCACACCGUGCGGCGUGCGCGCGAGAGCAAGAGCGAGGCCUGACCACUGUUCCCUCUUCCGGCACAGGUGACACGGCCACCUGUUCACCUUUUGCAGGGCCCUGACGGCCUGACCCCUGCGGCCUGCUGCCUGAAGCCCUGAACUGCCCGCAGGCUUGCGAGAUCAUUUGCAAGACACGGACACUUCUCUCCUUUUCUUGCUCCUUUUGCUUCCUUUUCUUUCAGUCGCUUCACUCCACAGCCUCGAGCUUUGGCUUCGUGGCACCUGUGAUUCUGUGAACAAAGGACUGAAAGGAGGGUGUAAAGAGAGGGAGAGGGCUGAUCCAGGUAGUUUCGGGCACCUGCUUGCUUCUCCAUUUGGCCUGCAAUGGCGGGGAGCUUCGACGGGAGGACGCCAACCAGAGGCGUUGAGCAGGCCAUCGUUGCUCUCAAAAAGGGCGCACAUAUCCUGAAAUGUGGCAAGAGGGGGAAGCCUAAAUUCUGUGCCUUCAGGCUAUCAUCUGAUGAGACAACAUUAAUAUGGUACUCAAAAGGGAGGGAAAAACACUUGAGCCUAAGCUCCGUGUCAGCUGUGGUUCUUGGCCAAAAGACGAUAAAAUUUCUGCGACAGCGUUGUCCAGAGAAGGAAUCCCAUUCCUUUUCACUUAUAUACAAAAACGGAGAGCGCUCACUUGACUUGAUCUGCAGCGAUAGGGAUCAAGCUGAAUACUGGUAUCUGGGCUUGAGGGCCUUAUUACCAACUCCUUGUAGUCCAUGUUCAUCGAUUGGAUCAAGGAGCAGUAGACAGAUGGACAGUUGUACAAAUACUCCCAGCAGCUAUGUUCAGCUUAAGAGUAGGUUACCAAGUGCGCAUGGCACACCAAGGCACAUACAGGUAUAUUCAUCACACAGGAACCCCAAGAAGGCAACAUUUUUUGGUGGUAGUGCUGAUUGUUCAGAAGCAUUAUUUUACCCAAGGCAGCGAACAUUCUCUGACAUAGAUACCUACCUGGGAAAGCUUACACGCAAGAUGUCAAAUCCAGAAAUACAUGGUUUGCAGGAUAUUAUGGUUGGUAACAGAGAAAAGGAGGAGAAAAUUACCCAAACACCUAAACUGAAAACCUUUGAAGGACCCCGUGCAGCAUGUAGGUUGGAUUCUCUGAAGGAUGUUUUUUUCUGGGGUGAUGCUUUUGGAAGUAUUUUAGACUAUGAUGAUACUUCAAAAUCCCUUCCAAUGUUAGUGGACUCAACCAACAUGCUUGAUGUACAAAGCAUUGCUUGCGGAGAGACUCAUGCAGCUAUAAUUACUAAGCAAGGGGAGGUCUACUCCUGGGGCAACGAGAGCAGUGGUGGAAUUGGAAAUCAGGUAAAUAUCAAAGUCUCCCGACCCAAGCUUGUUGAGUCUGUUGCCUCUUUACAUGUGAAGGCUGUGGCAUAUGGAUCAAAGCACGCUUGUGCAGUAACUGUUUCUGGUGAACUUUUUGAAUGGGGCGAAGGACCCCAUAUGGGUCAGUUGGACUGCUAUGCAAAUAAUCUAUGGUUUCCGCAUAAAUUGUUUAGUCCACUGGAUGGCAUAUCUGUUGUGAAGAUUGCUUGUGGUCCUUGGCAUACAGCAAUAAUAACAUCGUCUGGUCAGUUAUACACAUAUGGGGAUGGAACAUUUGGUGUUCUUGGUCAUGGAGAUACACAAGGAACUACUCGACCAAAAGAAGUAGAGUAUUUGAAAGGCUCAAGAGUGAAAUGUGUGGCAUGUGGGCCAUGGCACACAGCUGCCAUUGUGGAAGUACUCAGUGAUUUCAAGAGCAAUUCACCAAGAAGCAAGCUGUUCACAUGGGGCGAUGCGGAUCGGGGGAAGCUGGGUCAUGCUGACAAAAAGAUGAAGCUUAUACCAACAUGCGUUGAUUCACUCACAGACUAUGAUUUUAUUCAGGUGUCCUGCGGGAUGGCACUCACUGUCGUUCUUUCUAUUACUGGUGUGGUCUUUACUAUUGGCAGUUCCAUGCAUGGGCAAUUGGGGAACCCCCAUGCAGAUGGUAGAACUGUUUGUGCUGUUGAAGGACUACUUAAGACCGAGUUUGUCAGACAUAUAUCAUCAGGUUCUUCUCAUGUAGCAGUGCUGACUACAAAUGGGAAAGUGUUUACAUGGGGUAAAGGCAAGGAAGGGCAGCUUGGUUUAGGUGACUACCUUAAUAGGAGCACUCCAACUUUAGUAGAUGCAUUGGAAGGUAGGCAAGUCGAAAGCAUAUCUUGUGGUUACAAUUACACUGCAGCAGUAUGUUUGCAUAAGAUAAUCUCAAGGAAGGACCUCUCUGUAUGUAGCGGUUGCAAGAUGGCUUUUGGUUUCACUAGAAAGAAGCACAACUGUUACCAUUGUGGUUCCAUGUUCUGCAAUUCCUGUAGUAGUAACAAGGUUGCCAGGGCAGCACUUGCACCAGACAAGAUCAGAAGGUAUCGCGUAUGCGAUGGAUGUUUCAGUCAGCUACUGAGAGUUGUGGAUUCUGCUAAGGUAAAGUCUGAACUAAAGAUCAGCAAAGGAGCUGAAAUUAUAAGGUCAUACACACCAAAGUUGUCUCGUAUAUUCAGGGAUGCAAACUUACCUGUAGAAAAGGUGGCUUUAGUACAACGCCCCAAUCAGAGAAAUGAGGUCCCGGCCACUCCAGUCCAAGCAAAAUCUCAGAGAUGGGGGCAAGUUGAGUGCCCAGCUCAAUUUCUACCUGGAGAAGACAGUUUUCGGUAUCAAUCUAUAUCGAAGAAUCAUAUGUGUAGUGCCUCUGUUUCUGAGAGAAUGCAUGACCUCACAGUGCUGAAGUCUGGCAGAUCUUUGCAACAGCCUAAUGAUGACCAGAGGAAAGAUCUGAACACCACAGAAACCUUGCUCACAGAAGAAGUAAAGCAGCUUCGUUCACAGGUGACACUUCUCGUGGAGCAAUACCAUCAAAAAGCUCUUCAGGUUGAACUGUACAAACAAAAACUUGAUGAGACAUGGCUAAUUGUUAGGGAUGAGGCUGCAAAAUGCAAAGCUGCCAAAGACAUCAUAAAGGUUCUAACUGAUCAGUGUAAGGCCUUGUCAGAGAAACUUUUGGUUGGUCAGCAAUAUGAGUACCUUGAGACAAAAUCUAAUAUCAGCCAAGGACAAACAUUGUCAGCAGAUUUGCAGCAUUAUCCCUGUGAAAAGCUUGCCAGAGGCAAAUUAGGACAACUCAACAACACCAAAAAUCAUGAGACCAGCACCGAAGGAGAUGAAGAAUAUACACCUUCGAGUUCUGAUGUGCAGGUAGAAGGAUCGCGCAGUCAUUUGAAUGGUUCAAGAACAUUUGACGGUAAUGCCUGUGUUACACAAGGGAAUUCCCUUGUUGCUCGAGUCACCUCCAAUGGUGUGAUUGAGCAAAUCGAGCGUGGGGUGUAUGUCACAUUUGCUGUAUCACCUAGUGGCAAGAAAGACAUAAAACGUGUACGAUUCAGUCGGAAGCAUUUUGGCGAGAAGGAAGCUCAGCACUGGUGGGAAGAAAAUAAGGGCAGUGUCUAUGCAAAGUACAGUACUGAAAAAGUACGACAUCAGCUAGAGGUCACAAUCCAGAGUGUACAAGAGUAACCACAAGGUCAGAUUGGGGUGUCUACCGUUGAGCAAGAAGACAAAUGACAUGGAGCAGAUAAGAUGAUAUUAGCGGAACAGACAACUGACCAUCCUUUUUGCCAAUCAAAAUAGACAGUUCAACUUACUGUAGAUAUGAAUGUAUAGAUAAGAUUGAGUGAAUGACGGCUGGAUGCCUACUCUGUCUUCUCCAUUUCCUCCUGAUUCGUCACCAUGAUCUAGUCUGAUGAACAAUGCAGUGCUGAAUUGAACUAGUAUCAAUUGUAAUUUCCUGGUACAAAGUAGAAUUUGUUCAGUGUUAGUUGUUUCCCUUGACUCUUCAGAGCAACUAAAGCUUCAACAAUGGAAGUUUCAGACAUAA